AUGUCCAAGAAAUCCAGCAAGAUCAAGAACAAGCCGAGACCACCGCCGGCCCCGGGGUCCAAGCGUGAGGAUCUUACGACUGGUCAGAAUGAGGGUCCAUCUGAACAGAAAGACCCUUCUGAAGAACAGGAUGCUCCUUCAUCGGAGCUGAAUGAACCUUCACCUGAACAGGCAGACCCUCUGUCUGAACAGAAGGAUCCUUCAUCUGAGCAAAAUGAUUCUCCGCCUGGGCCCGAGGAGCCUCCAGCCGAGCAGCCAGAGACCACAACUGAGGAGACAAAUCCUCCACCGGAGCAGCAACCUGCUAACACUUCAUCUCCGCCACCUAGUACCACCGAUCUCCCCGAGGGCAACCGUCAGGCCAGAAAUGAUCCCGUCGGCGGUGCUGCCGACAAGGCCGGCGCAGUCGCUCAGGGUGCCCUUCCCAACGCUGGUCUCGAGCUCCCUGGUAACCCCCUGCAGGAGGAUGAGAAGAGCAGCUUGAAGAUCAAGAUUCACCUUAACAUCCACGCCAAGGUUCAACUGAACCUUGAUGCUCAAAUCUACGGUGAUAUUGUUAUCGGUCUGCUGUAA